AUGUUCAAAUCCGUUGCAUGCAACAUUGCCAAGACGGCAUUCCAACAAAAGCGUGCAUUGGCAUCUGUAUCCGAGAAAGCCACCAAUCCAUUCCCCCAGCAUGUACAAGCAUUCUUGCGUGAUUUCAAGACAAGUGAACCUGUUGGCAUUAUCGAUCUGGAUCGCAAAGUAUUUGGUGCACCUCUUCGACGAGAUAUCCUGCAACGUGUGGUUGUAUGGCAACGAGACAGCAUGCGACAAGGCACACAAUCGGCCAAGACACGAUCCGAAGUCGUUGGUUCUGGUAAAAAGAAGGCUCCUCAAAAAGGACGUGGCAAAGCUCGUGUGGGUGAUAUGAAGUCACCUCAUAUGCGAGGAGGUGGUGUUGCCUUUGCUCCCAAGCCUCGAGAUCAUUCUACAGACUUGCCUCGUCAGGUGCAAGAGCUUGGUUUACGUGUUGCCCUGAGUACCAAGUACGCCCAAGACCAAUUGACCAUUGUCGACAACUUUGAUCAGCUUGAAAGCCCAAAGACCCGUGAACUCGAUUUUAUCUUGAAGAACACUUAUGAUCAUCCUACUCUCUUGCUCGUGACUGAGGAUGAUAAUGAACGAUUAGAACUCGCAGCACGCAACAUUCCAAAGUGCGAAGUCAUCCAUGUCGACGAAACCAAUGUCCUCGAUCUCCUCACAUACGACAAGGUCAUUAUUGAAAAGGGUGCCGUCGAGAUCCUCGAAGAAGCUCUUCAAGUUGUAUAG